AUGGUUCCAAGUAAACUAAAACGUCAUUUUUCCACCAAGCAUUCUCAUUUGGUUGAUAAAAAUGCUUCAUAUUUUCAACGUUUAUUAAAAUCAGAAACACGACAAUCUGAAAAAAUGACAAAAAUAGUGACCAUUUCUGAUAAAACUCAAGAAGCUAGUUAUCUAGUAGCAGAGCUUGUAGCUAAACAAAUGAAACCACACACUAUAGCAGAAAAACUUAUUUUACCUGCUUGCCGUGAAAUUUUAAAAGUACUUUUUGGCGAAGAAGCUGAAAAAGAAGUAUUAAAAAUUCCUAUAUCUGACAAUACCAUUAGUAGGCGUAUAGAACACAUGUCUGAAGAUAUUGAAGAACAAGUAUUGCAACAAUCCCGUGACUCUCCAUUAUUUGCAUUACAACUAGACGAGUCAACUGAUAUAAGUGGACAAUCACAACUUUUGGUAUUUAUACGCAUAGUUGCUAAUGAAGACAUUGUGGAAAAUUUUUUUUGUUGUAAAACACUUCCUGAGACAACUAAAGGUGAAGACAUUUUCGAAAUUGUGGACCAUUAUCUGAAAUUUGCCAAUUUACCAUGGGAUAAAUGCAUUGGAGUAUGUACCGAUGGAGCUCCCGCGAUGACUGGCUCAGUCAAAGGCUUUAUUUCUUUUGCCAAGAAAAAAAAUGAAAAUAUUAUUUUUACUCAUUGUUUUCUACAUAGAGAAGCCCUUGUGACAAAAACAUUGGUAGGUGAUUUAAAGAAAGUUUUGGAUCAAGUUGUAAAAGUGAUAAAUUAUAUUAAAAGUAGUCCACUAAAGUCAAGGUUGUUUGAAAAAAUGUGUGAAGGUAUGGAUUCAGAUAACUCAAAAUUACUUUAUCACAGUACAAUAAGAUGGUUAUCAAGAGGCCGGGUAUUAUCACGUUUUUAUGAUUUGAGUGAAGAAAUAAUUGUAUUUUUAACAAUAGAAGAAUCGAAAUACGAGUUUCUUGGAGAUGAAAAGUGGUGGACAAAAGUUUCUUUUUUAACUGAUAUUUUUGAACUUUUAAAUAAAUUAAAUACAAGCAUGCAAGGCCGUAACGAAAAUAUCCUAACAUCAUCCGACAAAAUUAUGGCUUUUAAUGAAAAAUUAACUAUGUGGAAAACUCAAGUUGACCAAAAUAAAUUAACUAUGUUUCCACGAACUGCAGAGCGAGAUGUGGACGCCAGUCUCAUGUCGUUAAUUAGCGAAUCUAUGAUGUUACUGAAAGACAAAUUGACGAAAUACUUUCCCAGCAUAAAUGUUGAAGACUAUGACUGGGUGCGGAAUCCAUUCAGUGUAUCAGUUAAUGAGGUAAUUGGUUUGACAUUCGCGGAAGAAGACAAUCUUAUCUCACUGAAAAAUGAUCGAACAAUGAAGCUAAAAUUUAAAGAAAUGACGGUUAACAAAUUUUGGAUAAAUGCUCAAGCUGAAUUUCCUGAAAUAUCUAUAAAAGCAAUAACAAUUUUACUACCAUUCUCCACAUCAUAUCUAUGCGAACAAGGAUUCUCAGCAGUCACCACAAUAAAAAGUAAAAAAUGA